AUGGGAAAUGGGGGAAAGACGGUGGUCGUCAGGCUCUGCAAGCAUGGAUGGAAGUCCAAGUUCACGAUAGACGUUCGUUUGAUGUUUGAAGGGCGAGGAACAGCAGAAGUAUGGUGGCGCUCCUUGCCCUGUGAACAGCCCCUGGGUCUGUGCUGCAGGCGGGUUGACCUGAGCGUGGUGCCCGAAGUGGCCGUGUCCGAGCCCUCCGCCGGUCAGACAAGUGGGGCUGAACGGUCCGGUGUCUUCCGGUGUCGAGUGUCGGAAUUCCGUCUGCUUGCCCCUUUACCCGAGCAACGUCCUCGGAGGGUGGGUGGAUGA